CAACAGUAAGAAAAUGGCGAAUGAUUCCAUGAUAUAGGAAUCUUUUGAAUUCAUCUCAAUGUGACUGUUAAAUGCUUCUCAUUUUAUUCUGUAUAACGAAAUGAGUCUGUAAAUAAUUAGAUGCCGUACGUUAACCUUGGACACACAACUAAAUAUGCGUCUAACACUUACUUACACUGCAUCUGGAAUAUCUAGUGGAUUGGAGAAAUCGCAUAAAAUGGCAUGUCGUAUUUCCCAUGUUUUUUCCAAUUAUUUCGGUAUAUUAUAUAAGCAGAAACAAAACAUUAUACGCAAAUAAGUUAUUAUGAUGUCAAUUGUUUGACUAGUAGCUGUUUCGAAUAUAAGUUCGAACCUGUAUAAAAUCGAGUGAAUUACAUCACACCUUAAACCAAUUCGUACGACUUACAAUCUCGGUACGAAAACGUAACCGCGCGAUUUGCAGCACAUGCCAUUUUACUAUGAAAAUUAUUUCAUACUAUCAAUAGCGGUACAUGCAUCUGUAAACUUACUACUAGAAGGUGGAAUAAGUGUCGUUCGUAAAUAUUUACGAAUAUCUAAAAAAAUAAUUGAAGCCAUCUGUCAAACAGAGUUCUCUGCAUCAGCUUCAUAACGUUAAUAUUGUGAGGUUGUAGCCCUUCUACACAGAUUAGGUUUUGUGUUAAUCGCAAGAAAUUUAAAUUCGCACAAAUCAUUUUAAUUUCAAUAUGAACGAUCCAAAUAAAGCAAUAAAUGUAAAUUUGUCAUCGCUUUUGAGUCUGAAAGCUGAGUUGUUACGUAAACAAACUGAGGUAAAUAAAGCUAAGGCCACCCAAGCCAAGGUACCUAGUCAACACAAUGAAUAUACUUCUCACGCCCACUCCAGUAACAGUGCAUCUGUAGGUGAUUCUCAUACGAGCAAGCAAAACAAAAAGAUUAGAAGCAAAGAAGUCAGAACAGGCAGUGAUGUUACCAUUUAUGAGCAUGAGGAUUCUGAAUUGUUAGAAAAGUCAAAACGUGUAUUAGAAGCGAAAAGCAAAUUCUAUGAACGUAUGACCCGCACUGGCGGUCAACUUAACUCUGACGACAAUUGUUUGGUAUUAUUCAACCGUAAGCAUCAAUAUGAACGCGUUGAUGACAAAUCUCCUAGCCGGGAUAGUGUCAAAAAUAUCAAGGAAAAAGAUUCUGAUUCGGACAGCUCAGCAGAGAGUGAAAACGACAAAGGUAUAGAUGACGAUGAUGAAUGGGUUGAAUAUACAGAUUGUCUCGGUCGAACUAGAAAAUGUUUACACAAAGAUUUAGAAAUGGCUAAGAAGCGGGACGCUGAGCUUGCUGCUAGUAUGCCUGAACGCCUAGAUCAGUCUAAACCUAAUUGGAUGAUAAAUAACACAUGCGAUAAUGCCGAUAAUGAAGAAGAUGUUGUACCUUUUGGGCCUUUGCCGACUGAGAGCUUAUUUGGCGAUGGUAUUUCCACGAUGUCAAAGCAUGACGAGCAACGGGCCAAUUGGGAGCGCAAGGAGCAGGAAAAUCUAGACAAAAUAGACGUACACUACCAAGAUGUUUUCUUUGAUGAAGCACGGCAGCACGGCGUUGGUUACUAUACGUUCUCCACCGACGAGGAAGAACGUAAAAAGCAACAAAAGGAAUUAGAAGAAGCAAGGAAGCGUACAAUUGAUGAACAAAAGCGACGAGAUCAGCUACGAGAGCAAAGAGAAAAAAUCAUAGCAGAUCGAGUGCUUGCUGCGAAAAAUAGACAACGGGCACGACUUGGGCUCCCACCACUUGCCAAAGAUGAAGAAAAAGAAAAGGCUGAAGGUGGUGCAGAAGAGACUAAGGAGGAACGCAAAGCACGAAAGCGAGCUGAGAAAUUAAAAAGAAAACAGGAUGAGCUAGAAAAGGAACGAGAAUUAGAGCGACAAAAGCACGUAAGACCGUGGGACAAAGAAAAAGAAUUGACAGACAGCUCUAAUGUUACUGAAGAUUUAUCGAAAGAACUACAUUGGGCGUAUAAGCCCGAAAGAUUGCCUAUGUCUCAGGAGCAGUGGAAUGAAAAAAAACGGGCUGAACGCGUUACAGAAUUUGCACCCAUGAAUGAGUUAAAGACACAAUCAUUAUCUCAACCAAAGCGUAAACAUUUCACCAGCAUGCCACCGCCACCACAAGAUUCAUAUUCGGUCGAUUUUGUUAAUAACACGUCUAUAUCGUCGGCCCCCGAUAAUUUUGCAAGUUAUCAAACAUCAAAAGGAAAUAAGAAGUUUUUUCGACGUAACUAUGCUGCAGAGAACUUGGAAUCAGAACGACAAGGCGCGGCCAUACCACCACCUAAAGACAUUGAUUACGUACCUGCUCCACAUACCAAGAAAAUUAAAUCCAAUACCGAACUGGAAAGUUCUAUAGAAGCAGGCCUGCGUUUUCUACGAAAUAACUGUGACAAAGGAAAUUUGACCACAAAGUCAAGUUGGACAGCAAAAGCAGACUACUGAACUUAUAAAAAGUAGAAUAGACAUACAUAUGUAUGUACAUACUAUGAAUAUUUUAAUAAACAAAGCUUGACAAAAUAACUUAAUCAUAGAUUUUGAAGUUUUUAUUCAGUUUAUAUGUAUUAAAUACACAUUUUUCAUUCCGCUUAUAGAUAUUUAACAAACAUUUGGGAGAUUUUACGAAAUUUUGUUUACUCAUUUUAUAAAUAAUAUGCAAUAUUUUUCGAAAUUAUAAAUCUUUAUUGUCAAUGUGAAGUUUUAAAGUUUGAACAUUUCUUUUCUCCGCUUAAUUUUUAGUGAAUUAUUAUAUUUUAUUGAUCAUUGACAAGUACGUCCUCAAAAUGCUAAAAAAAAAUUAAUUUGUGCUAAUCACAUCAAAAAAAUUUGUUUGUUCAAAAAAACAACACAAAAGUACAAUGUAGAAGGGCUGAAAUAAAACUUUCUGGAUGGAUUCCUACAUACGCGGGGUUUACACUGUGUUUUGUUCGAAAAAAAUUUGGUAAUGAUCCAUGUACAAGUUUUCCAAUAGAAUCUUAAUCUGUUAGUUCAACACUCUUUGAUCUUCUAUCGUAAUCAAUUGAAAUUAAUUACGCAACAAUUUUUCUUCACCAAUGUAAUAUAUCUACGAAUCUAAGAAAAAUAUUUGUUUUUGACUUUGACAUUGUAAAAAUAAAAAAAAAUCAGUAAAUACAUUUCUAUAUUUCGUUAAGAAUGUAA